GAUAUAUUAUCAACAAUCUCCAGCUGAUUAGGACACUGCUUUAUCUUUUCAGGACUAAAAAAAUUGCAAUUUUCUUACAAUAAGCAAAAAGUGAAACCUUUAAAUAAAUACCCUUUUAUCGGGGCAGAUUCCUUGCGUAAAUAAUCCCACGGCACCCAAGGCGUCGUGGUAACGUAAUAUAAUAAUAAAAAAAUAUCUGUUACAAACAGAAAAUCCGGCGAGCUAAGGACAUAGUAGCCAGUGCCAGGACAAUCGUAAUGUCUAGUUUGCAGCGAACGAUGCUGAAGGGCAAGCUCCCGCCUACUAUUCCGGGAGGACGUAUAGGACGAGCGGACUCGUUUAAGAAGUCCCGCAUAAGGGACUAUAAACCAGGGAUGUGGAAUGAGUUCUUUGCAGAGAAGGAGGACAUCGUGGUGGACGAUCAGCGAACUUUUCGCAUCUAUCGGACCAAACAACCGGAGAAGCCGGGUCCGGUUCUGUUGCUACUCCACGGCGGUGGUUAUUCGGCCCUAACCUGGGCCCACUUUUGUUCGGAGGUAACGAGCAUGAUCCACUGCCAAUGCCUCAGCAUUGAUCUACGCGGCCACGGAGACAGCAAGGUGGACGACGAGGACGAUCUUUCGGCGGACACGCUGGCCAAGGACAUUGGUGACUUGAUCCUGAAGCUGUAUCCCGAGGAGGUGCCACAAAUGUAUGUGGUUGGGCACUCCAUGGGCGGAGCCAUCGCUGUCCACUUCGCUCACAUGGCUCUGGUACCAAACCUAAUUGGUAUAACCGUCAUAGACGUGGUGGAGGGCACGGCCAUGGAGGCGCUGGCCAGCAUGCAGAGCUUUCUGCGCUCCCGUCCAAAGUAUUUCCAGAGUAUUCCCAAUGCCAUCGAGUGGUGCAUCCGCAGCGGUCAAGUGCGGAAUGUGGACAGUGCCAAAGUGUCCAUGCCCGGGCAGAUAAUCAACUGUACAACGAACAAACUGGCAACGAAUGAUCUGCCGCUGCCCGAUGAGGUCCUCGAGGAGGCCCAUCACACCAGCAUGUUCCCAAAUCCGUUCAGCAUUUCCGAAGACGAGGAAGUGUCCCCACCGGGCGAUGAGACACCCGAAACAAGCAGUGACAAUUCAGCGGGCGCUGACUUCAAGAAACCCAUCACGACCAAAUCGGCGACAGAAGCGGCCAAGAACUACACCUGGCGUAUUGAUCUCUCCAAGUCGGAGAAGUACUGGGUGGGCUGGUUCUCGGGCUUGAGCGAGAAGUUCCUUAACUUGCGCCUGCCGAAGCAGCUGCUCCUGGCCAGCAUCGAUGGCCUGGACCGCACGCUUACCGUGGGCCAGAUGCAGGGCCGCUUUCAGAUGCAGGUUCUGGCCCGCUGCGGUCAUGCCGUGCACGAGGACCGUCCGCACGAGGUAGCCGAAGUAAUCAGUGGCUAUCUCAUCCGUAACCGCUUUGCGGAGGCAGCUGGCGAGUUCCGCUGCCACAUGCCGUCGUGUUAAGAGACCAUCAACUACUACCACCACCCUUUAAGCCAAGGUUGAGCACAAACUGAGGUCACAAAAUGUCUAUUUUUUGGAAUGGAAUCAAUGGAACCAGAACCUGGAAUACAAACCGAUCUGUGCAGAAAUAUAUAUACAAAAAAACAAAGAAACAAAAAAGAAAGUAGAGAAAUAGGAACAUAGCCGUAUAUUCUAUAUACACAGAUAUUCAAUAUAAUCAAGUAAUUUAUUCGGUAUUUUUAAUUAAAUAUGAAUUUUUAACAUUGUACUUUAUGCUCUUUUUGCCAAAAAAAAAAAAAAUCUCACUUUUGGGCUUCUUACAUUGUUAUAAUGAGUGUGUAUUAAAUAUGUGCCAGAUCCAGAAUGAAAAUCUAACGAAAUUAUACGAAAAUCGAAAAAAAAAUAAGUUACAUAAAUAAAAACUAUUAAUCGCUAAUAAUGUUAAAUGCAAAA